AAACCACCACGUACGUCAUAACAAUGCGACGAAAAGCACAUGCAACGUAAACACAUGAAACGUGCGAUAUUUUGCUAAAAUUGAGUGAAAUGGCACCACCAGCACAGCAGAAAAUGAAGACCAAUGUCACAUUUGACGGAAAACGUGGCAAUAGAAACCAACCCUACAAUCGACCAGGGGGCAAGAAGAAGUGGGUCUCUGAGCACAAAGUAUUCGACGGCAGUAUUGGAGAAGGCCAGGGCUUUGCCUUCAAAAGGAAGGAGAAAGUGAAACAUGAAUACAACAAACUGCUACGGAAGGAGAGGAGGAAGAACACAGAGGCCAAAACCCAAUAUACAGAACAGUACCCCGAACAUCUGAGGCAUCUCUACGAGGCUGAGGCCGAGAAACUGAGGAAUGAGGUUAAGACGAACAGAAUCAACAGAACCAAAGCUAGGAUGGCUGGCGGUGGUGGUCCAGUAGAGGAGGAAGCAGCUCCCAUGGCUGUGAAUGAAGCCCCCACGGACCUAGCUACAGCCAUAGACCCUGCAGAGGACAUCUCCUCUGACAAGACUGACUCUGCCCCACAGCCCACUCCAGCAGUUGCGGCCUCAAAGAAUGACAGUCUACCCAUGAGUAACCGGAGUAAAAAGAAAAUGCUGAGGAAGACUUCCUAUCAGAAAACAAAAGAGGAGUUUGAAAGUGUUAAAGAAAAGCAGAAGAAUAAGAAAGAGGAGUUUUUGAAGAACAAGGAGCAGAAAGAAGAAGCUAUCAAGAAGUACAAACAGAAGAAAAUGGAGACAUUUCAGAUGCUGAGCAAAAAGACGAAGAAGGGACAGCCCAACCUGAACCUCCAGAUGGAAUACCUGCUCCAGAAGAUUCAAGGGACCGGGCCGGGAAAAUGACCCAGACAAAUGGAUGUCGAAGGCUUCAAAUAGCAAAUAUACAGUUGACUCUUAGUGUGAUGGUUUUAUAUCAUAGAUGAGUCUUGUUCUUAUUUUGUGAACUGCCACUUUGAAUAGAUUGUAUCAUAAUAGAUUUUCAGACUUUUUAGCGGUUUAUUUACAUUUUGAACCACAAGGUGGCAUUUGUGAGAUGAGCUGUUCUUGUAAAAUAUUUAAAUAUUCCUUUCAAAUAACCAUUUCUAUUAAAUGUUAAUAAAAGGUUGUAAGCGAA